GCUCGAGUCGGCUCUGCCCGUUCGCGCAGUGCAUCAUAGCAUAGAAGUACCUCGUUCAGAGACUUUUAUUUUGAAACGUAAAGAGAAAUGUAGGAAGUUCACCCUCACUAAAACAAAAAACUAGGCUGCUUUCUUAUCUGUAGAAAGCCCUAAACACUGUAAUGCUCUAUUAAUACUCUAAUAUAUUUCUGAAUGGUUGUUUUUAAGCGUGAACGCUAAAACGCUAAAAGAUAAGGAAAAUAUCCUCUGAACCUAAAUGCUUUUUAUUUCCGUAACUUCCCUGCAGUGUGUCUGAUGUAUUAUUAUCUCAGGGCCAGUGGACUAUGGCUCUCACUGCUGAGAGGUUUAUAUUCAGACUGCUGAAUUUCUGGGUGCUGCAUAGCCUCGCAUUGGUUAUACGCCUGUUUUUGGUAGGAUAUGGAAUUUAUCAGGAUAAAACCAUGGUGGUCAAAUACACUGACAUCGACUAUCACGUGUUCACAGAUGCAGCCAGGUUUGUCACACAGGGUGAGUCUCCGUACAACAGGUCCACUUAUCGGUACACUCCACUCCUCGCAUGGAUACUGGUACCCAACAUCUAUGUGACCCCUCACUUUGGGAAGCUGCUGUUUGUCACCUGUGAUGUACUCUCCGGUGUCCUGCUCUACCGCAUCCUGUCUCUUCAGGGUUUAUCCAGUAAUGCAGCUGGUUGUUUUUCUGCUGUCUGGCUCCUGAACCCUUUACCGAUUGGUGUGUCCACUCGUGGGAGUGCUGAGGCAGUGUUGUCUCUUUUGGUCCUCUCUACACUGCUGUGUCUUGAGCUAAAAAGACUGUUUAUGGCAGCAUUUUUCUACGCACUUUCUGUUCAUAUGAAGAUCUACCCUGUGACUUAUGCUCUGCCCAUCGCCCUCUAUAUAUCAUCUCGUGGAAGUUUGGAGGGAAAGGGCAGAAGUUUAUUCCGGAUACUCAGAGGACUCUUCAAUAAGAAUGUGGUGAUGUUCGCUGCUGUAGCAGGAGUGGUGUUUUUAGCACUUACUAUAGCUUUUUAUUACAUGUAUGGCUGGGAUUUCCUUCAUGAAACGUACCUCUACCACUUAACACGACGGGACAUCCGUCAUAAUUUCUCCCCCUACUUCUACAUGAUGUAUUUGAGUGUGGAGAGUGAAUGGAGUUUGGUUUUGGGCUUGGUGUCUUUUCUACCCCAGCUUUUACUCCUCCUCCUCACCUCAGUGGCCUUCUAUGCUGACCUGCCCUUCUGCUGCUUCCUCAACACAGCCAUCUUCGUCAGUUUCAACAAAGUCUGCACCUCUCAGUAUUUUCUCUGGUACCUGUGUUUACUGCCGCUUGUCCUGCCACGUUUGAGGCUGUCUAUAAAGCAAGGGGCCGGGCUGCUGCUGCUGUGGUUCAUUGGCCAGGGUUUAUGGUUGAUGCCAGCCUACUACUUGGAGUUUGAAGGACACAACACAUUUGUGUAUAUUUGGUUGGCUGGCCUGCUGUUCCUCUUCAUCAACUCAUUUGUAAUGGUCCAGAUCAUCUCCCACUACACGCCAAGGACAUUCCACCAAACAAAGAAAACUGAAUAAAGGCAUUAAUGAAUGAAAGUGAAAAGUGUAUAGCAAAUAAUAUACAUGAGGGUGGUUUAGCAUUUAUCUGUUUACCUGUUGCUCCUACUGUAAAAUAAAUGAACCUGUUGAAUGUACACAUGUAAUAUGUAAGACCAAUGCUUUUUAAAAAUAAAAACAACUGUGGUUUAAAACUGA